AUGGCGUGCUUGUAUUUCCACUGGAUCAUCAUCACUACGAUUAUGUUGUACACUUUUCAGGUCUCAAAAGCUGGGAACAACGAAACCGAGAGGCUAGCAUUGCUUGCAAUCAAAGCCAACAUCACAGAUGAUCCUUUGGGUGUUAUGAGUUCAUGGAACGACACCCUGCACUUUUGCAAGUGGUAUGGUGUUACUUGUGCCCGUAAAUACGAUCGCGUCUCGAUACUUGACCUGCAUUCCUCCAAGCUCACAGGUAUACUCUCACCCCAUAUUGGAAACUUAAGCUUCCUCACGGACCUGCAUCUUGAAAACAACAGUUUCGGUGGUACAAUCCCACAUGAAAUUAGUCGUUUGCACAGAUUGCGAACACUCUGGUUGUUUAACAACUCUGUUCAAGGGGAAAUUCUAUCGAAUAUAUCGAGUUGUUAUAGUCUUAUUGAAAUAAAUCUAGUACAUAACAAUUUGUUAGGAGAAAUUCCACCCUCAAUUGGUUCUCUGUCACAAUUGCAACUUCUUUCUUUGUCGCAUAACAACUUGACAGGAAACAUUCCUGCAUCACUUGGAAAUUUAUCAUCCCUCUCCAAAUUCACCAUCAGCAGUAAUAACUUUUUCGGUAUGAUCUCAUAUAGCUUAGGAAAACUAAAGAGAAUGAACUAUUUGUCUCUUGAAGAUAAUAAUUUUUAUGGGGAAGUCCCACCUUCAAUCUUUAACCUCACGUUGCUGACAACAUUAUCUUUAGCACAGAAUCACUUAGAAGGAAACCUUCCUGCAGAUUUAGGCAAUACUCUUCCGCAUCUUCAGUGGUUAGCUUUAGGUAUGAAUCAAUUUACUGGACAUAUUCCAUCUUCAAUAGUCAAUGCCUCUAAUCUAAACCUUCUGCAGUUGAAUGAGAACAAGCUCCAAGGACAUGUUCCUUCUUUGCACAAGUUGAUGAGUCUUUCUAGCCUUGCAAUUUUCGAUAACUCCCUUGGGUAUGGCCAACCAGGAGAUUUGAGCUUUGUUUCUAAAUUCCUUAGUCAAUAA